AUGGAUUACGAAGUGCCGCUGUUAGGCGCACACCACACGAGCGGUGAUGACGAGCACGAGCAGCAACAGCAGCAAGAACUGCAGGCUCGCCAGCAGAGCUCAUCACCGUCCGAUCGAGAUUCUUCACAAGCAUCAGUGGCGUACAGUCGUCCCGGAGAUUCCUCCUCCGCCACCGCAUUUGGCGGAGAUUGGCGCGGAAAGCUCGCGGCUGUCGGGCAGCGCGUGCGCGCGUCGAGCGCGGAGCUGGGGAAGCGCGUCACGGAGGCGGCGACAGCUGUCGGAAGCCGAUUGGAGGAACAGGUUUCCGUUGUCGGCGAGCGCGUUAAAGAACUAGUUCUGCCGACCACGCAGGCGGAUAUAUUAGUAGACCGCGCCACGGCGGAGGAGUUGCUCGCUCCCCAUUGGUCCACCGUCCUGCAAAUCUCCCACCUCCUUCAGAACGGCCAUGUUCCCGGCGGCGACGUCGCACGGGCCCUGCGACGUCGCCUAGCGACGCGCGAUUCGCACGUGCAGCUGCUCGCGCUGGCGGUCGCGGAGUCGAUAGUCGGAAGCGCACCGCAGGUUCUGGGGGACAUUGCGCGCGAAGGCGUGUUAGGAGACAUGGCGCGAAUGGCGGUGGAGCCUAAGACGCAGGCGCGCGUCAGAGAGACGGUUCUAAGACUGAUCGAAGCGUGGGCUGCGCCGAUGGAGGCGACGCGGUACUUCCCCGCGUUCGAAGAGACGUUUAGGGAGCUGAAGGAGAAAGGGGUGACCUUCCCUGUGGUCGCUACACCCCCGCAGCGCAUCUCUCGGCUCCUCCCCUUCGAAUCCGUUACCGGAGACGCUUCUAGAGGUGCAGGACGCAUCUACAUCACCAGACCUCCCUCCGAGCUGCCGAACCAGCGCCCGGAGGUCGUUGCCAUGCCUGCGGACUUCCGUGCCGGACCUAACGCGCAGGGUCGGCGGACCACACCGCACGUGAGGUUUGUCAUGCCUGGUGGUGGCGGUGGCACUGCUGGUGCUGCAGGUGCUGGUGCUGCAGGUACUGGUGCUGCAGCUGCUGGUGGGGGAAGAAAUGACCACGCACACAGGCAUCAGCAUCAUCAUCAUCACAAUCACCAUCAGCGGCAGUGGGAGGCGGCGGAGGAGGCAGCGUGGAUGGGUGCGGGGGAGGGAGAUUCGGAUCCGAAGGCGUUUUUUGCAAUGGCUAGAAACGCUGCGGACCUGCUCACUACCAUGCUCACAUCAGCGCCUGCAGCAGAAUCUCUUAGGGACGAAGCUGUGGUGUCGCUUGCCGCCCAGUGCCGGGCGGCAAAGCGCGGCUUGCAGCGCAUGCUGCAACAGGAGGCCGUGCUGGCAGAUGAUUCGCUGCUGUUUGACGGGUUGGCUGCUGUUGAUGACGUGGAUGCCGCCCUUGCCAGGCUGGCAGCCAUGCGGGAUGAGGUGAAGGGGGCGCAGGGGAAGAAGCAGCACAGACGGGGGAAGAUGAGGGGGAAGGGGAGGGGGGGGAGUGGGGCGGAGGGCGCAGGGGAGAGUGGGGAUGGGACAGGGGGGGUUGCGGAAUGGGUGAUGGGGUGUGGAGGAGAGGGGGUUGGUGGUGGGAGUGGAGGGGUGGGGACAGGAGGGACCAUAGAGGAGGGUGAGGAUGAAGGGUAUGAGAGUGAGGAGGAAGAGGAGGAGGAAGGGGAGGCGUUGGAGAGAGGGAGGGGCCGUCGGUCCCUGGAAGGGGAUGGAGAGGAGGGUAGGGCAAGUGGUGGGGAUGAAGAGAGCAGGGAAGCAAAGGAGGGGGAGGGAAGCAUGGUAAAGGUGGCAGUGGAAGGCAGUGGUGAUUCUGCUGCUUCUCCUGGUGGUGAUGGCGGAGGGAGAAGAGCGAGUGAGGUGUAUUUCUGA